UUAAUGAUUUAUUUACAGUAAGGUGCCGUAAAGGUACAACAUCGCCUUUAGUUUUUAGUUUUAAAAAUGCUGAAAAGAUACAAACAUUAUUUAAAUAUAGUCCUGCAUGUACACCUGUAUGAUGUAAAUGUACAUCUAAAAUGAGUGUACCUAAUUUAGUGGUAAUUCAAUAUUGUAAAUCCACUGUAGAUAUAUUCUGUUUGUAUUGUAGUACUAUUUCCUGUCGUAACUUACAGAAACACACUGUGGAAUUUCGCCCCAAAGUGCAUUUUGGAGGAAAAUAUGGUUUUGGUGAGGAAACCGACAUUUUCCCCUUAGGAUUGCAUCCCAACUUUUCCUAAGAUGAGGUAAAACGUGAAACUUAGACGACGUUUUAGAGGACACCGCUGCUAGUCAUUGCUGGUUGAUGUCAACGCAAGACCGGAUAUACACACCUAACCUAGCUGAUUUCUAGAGCCCGAUUAUUGGAUCGUUACGCUCACUUAAUUAUCUCAAUAAAGCCAGUCACCGUUCUGGCAUAAACCUGCAUGGUGCCGGACAGGGUACGAUGGUCUCCAACUGCGGUAGCCAAGACAAAGCUAUUCAAAUGUUUUGACGUCUUCUAACAGCAGGGUUAUAAACACAUAUGUGCUUGCUUGCCAACAGCCCUGUUCUACCGAGUUUAUCUGAGAACGCUCUGGACUUGAGGCCUAUUAAUAGAGGAGUUUUAGGGUUGACCGUUGUAUUGCGCGAACAUGACAUCUGAUGCAUAUAUGUCAGGAUAACAGUAUGUCACUGGACAAUAUGACGGCCAAGGAAACCAUGUGUUGACGAUCAACUCAGAUGGAGAUAUAGCAGGGGAGUUAACACGGGACGAUAAUCAGUCGCGAUUCAUUGUUUUAUUCCAUUGUGGCCUUAUUUCCGUUCGGUUGUUGCCAUGGGAACACCGGCGAGUGUUUUGAAUGGAAUAACUCCUCACAUAUAUUUCCUUACAAUGGAUAAAGUGAAUGUGCCCUUUGCAUCGCAGUGUGACCUGUAAAGACCAAACACGGUUUCAAGGAAAAUUCCGUUCAUUUCGCCCUUGUGUAUAAGGGGUGGCCAAUAUACAGGGUAUUUUUGUGUAGCCAAAACUGGUCUCUGUAUUGGCAACUACAAGGAAAUUUCCAUCCCAUUGUGAGAGUGUAACAGAUAAUCUUUACCACAGAUAAUCUUUACCGCUGAUAAUCCUUACCGCUGAUAAUCCUUACCGCUGAUAAUCCUCACCACUCAUAAUACACAAUUUUACCGGAAAAUUCCACACCUGUGUACUACGGAUGGUCUUAUCUCCUAUGUAGCUUAUACGGAAUUUCACGGAACGUCUGUGCAUGUGUUGGCUUUACAGGUAAAUUUUAAAAAUCGGAAUAAGCUGCAAAGACUUCCAUAGGAAAAACGCUAAAGACCCAGGGGUUUGACGCCUUACUGACACAAAUAUCUGGAUGUGUUACUCUGUGAAAAGUUUGAACUAUGUGGUGACGUGUAGGCCUACGUUGUCCAUUGAAACCUAAUCCUAGAUUCAUAUAGAGUCUAUCUGUGUACUGCCCUUGGAAUACCUGGUUCUUAAAGUUUAAUUUAAAAAUCCCGUCCAAGAAGUAUUUCACCUUUGCAUGUUUUGUAAAUAUUAUCAGGCGGAGAAUUGUGGAACUAUUUUCUGAAUCGGCAAUUAUGGAAAAACUGUUCACCGCCCUUAUUACAAGCAUAGCAAUCGUGGCUUUGUUUACGGUUUGGGGUCUUUGGAGAACCGGUCAAAUCCCGGUGUAUCCCAAGGUCAGCGGAAUCCAAUUAAUCACGGUAGAAGAGAUAAAGAGACAUGACAUCUUCAAGAGGUCAGACGAUGCCAUGACCAAUCAUCAUCGCAAAAUCCUCGACUCUAAGGUCAGAUCUGGGUCAAAUCCGUCUGGACGCGCAAACAACUCCGGAAAGCAAACGAACGACAACUUCAAAUGGAAAAAGAACAAACAAAUGGAGAUUCUUGCCGGGAACGGAUCCAGAAAAGAAAUCGACAGGAAUCAGAAGUGGUCACACAAGAAAUAUGCAGUGAGUUUUAAAAGGAAACGGCAGAAUAAUAAUGGUACAAAAGUUCACAACAUUGGUAAAAAGGUUCCAAACAAUGCUACAAAGGUUAUCGAUAGUGGUAAAAAGGUUCCAAACAAUGACACAGGGGUUAUCCGUAAUGGUAAAAAGGAUCCAAACAAUGGUACAAAGGUUCUCAGAAAUGAUAAAAAGGCUUCCGGUAAUGGUGAAAAGGUUCCAAACAAAGGUACAAAUGUUCUCGGUAAUGGUAAAAAGGCUCCAAUCAAAGAUACAAUAGUUCUUAUGGAUGGUGCUAAGGGUCCCAGUGACCGAGAGCAAAUCCAUAGUUCAAGGGAAGUUCUCAAUUUGCAGAGGUUACAUGAAAGUCUGUAUUAUAAUUCCGGCGAUGAGCAACCACUUGAGCGUGUGCAUGAAGAAGAUUUAAGGGAAAAAACUGAACAGGUCAACGAUUCGACCAAUGUAAAAUCAAAACUGAAGCAGCGUAAGUGGGCGUCAACAUCUAGACCAGCAUCAGGUGUGCUAAAACCAAUGAAACUAAUGAAGGGACGCCCUCCUGCUAAGCCAAGACUCUCUAUGGCGUUUUCCCUAAAAAAUGAACGUUAUUUUACGUCAACGACGCCUGCGAACAUCCAGAGCAGUACUUCACAUUCCGUGUUCCCGCGAGGUCAUAAUUCUUUGCGCCCCAAAGAUCAUUCCUCUGCGUCAAGAACAAAAACUAAAAUUAACAUUAACAGUUUUACCAAAGCAAUCGUGGCUAGUACUUCUACGCCCUAUUUAGACUCAAGGUCGUUGCCUAGCAACACGAAGCUGAUCAAGGCGCGGAAGUCGCGGAAGCCAGUGAGGAGUGACGUCAAGGUCACAGUGACGUCACAAUCGCUGGUUAAGUCAUCUCGCGGCGUAACAGGCGUGCCCCGGCGCCAAAUGUCAAGGUUACAAUACACCAAACAUCAUGAGGAAAAACAAGUUGUCGACAAAAUGCCAUCGGACGUUCAAUAUGUGUUGAGAUUCUCAAUGGACAACAAGCGGAGAUCUAAGUCCUGAUCGAAAUAUAAGAUAGUCAUCAUAGUUUUAAUCACUGUUGAAACAAAAAUGCAAUUGUGAUGGGAUUUUGUGUCAUAUGCACAGCCUUCCUCUUUGCUCUAAAGUUUUUUUUUCUUUUUGGCGUUGUUGUUGUACGGCAUUGUUGGUGUUGUACAACUUCAGUAUUUUGCAGAUAUUUCGAAAUAAAUCUGGAGACAGUAUGUCCAGAUGUACUGUGUUAAAAGGUCACAUGAGUAUAACUAUACAUCCCUUAUCUGCAAUUUAGCUAUCAACGUGUAUCUCAGGUUUACUGCCUCGAAUCAGCAUGCGCGAAUAACUAAUCCACCCUUAAUCUCCAUGACGGGAGAACUGGGAUCAAAACCUGGUCGGGUCAUACCAAAGACUUUAAAAAUGGUAGGGGCCUAAUUGUUGCUGCCUCGUUUGUCGCUCAGCACUGAGAGGUUAGAGCAAGGAAACAGGAUUGGUGGGCUAGGUGUGAGUUUCAUGUGACUCGAUGGGUUGUUACCAUAAUGCUUCAGCGGCGGCAGCACUUUGGGAGCAUGGACAAGAAGGCACGGUAAAUGUAUAUAUACAGACACACUCACUUAAGUUUUUGAGUAGGUCGUAAAACCCAAGAAUACCUACAUUCAUAUUCGAUAUAGCUGAUGAAAAUUAACAAACGCUGUGUCCAAUCAAACUCGUACGUAGUUUUCCCAAUGGUGGGCAGAGACGAAACAACAACAACAUUCAUACCUUGUCAUAUAUGUUGUCAUACGCGACAAAAUGUCCUCACUGUAUUUGGAACAACAGAACCCGGUAGUUGCUGGUUUGCUGUGAUAGACGUGAUGUGGAAAUACUUCCUUGGGAGUGCAAUCGCCUUCUGAAGUUGACCGGCCACGUGUUAAAGUGCUUUUAUUAUUUUGUGUAUUUUAUUGGUGCGUCUGAAAUUUCCAAUUUGCAUAAAUUCUUUGCCCGCUGAUUUGAUAACUGUGACUGUCUGCAGUUUUAAAUCCUGUUGGAAGACGUUUACGUUGGCUCAAGAGAGUAAACGGAGUAGGCCUAAUAUAAAGGCGAAGUACAGUGCACCUUGCGUCUGGGCUGAUUUAAUGAAUGUCAAUCAAGUUUAGAGGGUUGCUGCUCGAAUAAUAAAAAAAAACCUCUCUAGAGGUUUAAAAGCCUAUACUUGUUGGUUUGAGGAGCAGGCAGGAGUCGUGAUUAUUCACAGUCUGUGAUCUCGAGCUUCAUUUCGUAACGUCACAUACAAAUCCCCGUAUGUGAGUUUCCCCUGGGUUCUACCCAGCUUUCUCGCCAUAAUGUGAUAUAUAUGUAAGUGAAAUAUUCUUGAGUACGGCGUCAAACAGCAAUCAAAUCAAAUAAAUCUCGGUAUGAUGCUUGAUAAAAAAAAAAACUCCCCAUGAAUGAAGAGGCAAAGAAUGAAAUCCUCAAGAUCAUUUUUUACUUCCUCGAUACCUUUCAAAUCUGCUCAACUUGAAUAUUAUUUCAUGAAUUUAAUUCCUUGCAUCCUUUAUAUUAAUGCCGGACUGUGUUUUAAAAGGUCUGUAGGCUGAUCCCUGCAAUAUUUUUAGUCUUUCCAGUGAUGCAUAUUUAUAUUGAUUACUAUGUAUUUGACAGUGUUUGACACAAGUGUUUAAAAGUAAUUUAAUUUAAGAUUUAAAAAAUUUACUUUUUAUAAUUUUACCAUAACUCAGCGGGGUUUUUUUCUGUGUGUCAAGUACACUCAAAAACUCAAUUUGUUAAUUUUAUCAGAAAAGUCUGUUGUCUGAGUGAUGGUAUAAUAUUGGUAGAUUUUACAACAGAUUAUUCUGUUGGAUAUAACACGCAUAUUCUAUUCAUAACAGAAUACGCUCUUGCGUCACUCAGAUAACAGUCUGUUAAAAUUAACAGAUUAAUAUGUGAGUGUAGUAUUGCAUAUAUGUGUAUUCUGUAGCAUUGUCCUUUCAAAGGGCAUUUAUUUAAAACAAAAGAUUUCGCUUUUCCCAUUCUCCCAUUUUCGCUUUUUCCCAUGAUGAGAUUUUCUUACAUUUUUCAUGGAAAAGUGUCAUAUACGUUCAUGUUUUAUAGAUAAUUUGUUUACAUUCAUAAAGUGUGCUUGGCGCUGGUAGGAGUGUACAUCUAAACUCACCCAAUAUGACUACACAAAGGUCAAUACCAAGCAAGGCAAUAUGGAUUUAAGCCAUGCGAAUGUAAACGAUAUGGAUGUAAGUCAUGUAAAUGUAAACAAUAUGAAUGUAAGCCAUGUGAAUAUAAACAGUAUACAUGUAAGCCGUGCGAAUGUAAACAAUAUGAAUGUAAGCCGUGCGAAUGUAAACAAUAUGGAUGU